GCAAAAAUUAAUAAAAAAAAGAUUCGCUUUCUUAGUCUGGCAAUCGAAAGACGGCUCUCCAUUUCCAUGUCUAUCCCUUUUGCAAGAAUUCAUCCCUUCUCGCCUUCCUCCUCUCUAAUUAUAUUUUCUACAUACUUUUAAUUUCGUAAUUUGCUUCAGAAAUAAAUAAGAUUUCAAUUCCGCAAUUCCAACGUUAGAUUUCGAAACAAACAAACAAGAGCUAGUAGCUUUUUACUUUUGUAAUGGCUGCGAGUGCUAAUCCGACGGGGAAUAAUCAGGAAGCUUCGUCGAGCCAGAAGGUGACGGCUCCUCCUCCACCAGCCAAUGGCGUUUCCGUUAAUUCCAACAGCAGCGGGGGCAAUACCUCCGCCGCCGUCUCUGCUGAUACUAAGUCUGCGUUGAGGCACAACCCUGGCAUCUCCGUCGACUGGACGUCUGAUGAACAAUCGAUGCUCGAAGAUUUGCUCGCUAAGUAUGCCUCUGAUUCAACCAUCGUUCGAUAUGCUAAGAUCGCAAUGCAGUUGAAAGACAAAACCGUUCGGGAUGUGGCACUGCGUUGUAGAUGGAUGACUAAAAAGGAAAAUGGCAAACGAAGGAAAGAUGAUCAUAAUACAGCAAGGAAAAAUAAAGACAGAAGGGAAAAGGGUACAGACUCUUCUGCAAAGUCUACAUCUCAUCUACCAACUAGGCCUAAUGGUCCUUCAUAUGCUCCACCGGUGAUCCCUAUGGACAAUGAUGAUGGCAUCCCAUACAAAGCUAUCGGUGGUGUGACAGGAGACCUACUGGAACAAACUGCUCAAAUGUUUAAUCAAAUAUCUGCAAAUUUUUCAUCUUUCCAGAUACAUGAUAAUAUUAAUCUCUUAUGCAAAGCACGGGACAAUAUCCUCACAAUCUUGAAUGACUUGAAUGACCAGCCCGAGGUGAUGAAACAAAUGCCUCCACUUCCUGUCAAGGUAAAUGAAGAACUGGCCAACAACAUCCUUCCUCAGUCGUCCAAUGCAAUGAAAUCAUGACCCAGGGCUUACUGAUGAUACUUCUGACCAUUUGUCUUGAGCUAGGAUACUCAACACCGAGCUUCUGAAAUACAUUCGGGUUUAAGUCAGUUGAGAUGAAGUAAUGUUUUUGAUGCGUGUUAUUUCUUUAUAAAUUAGAAUGUGACAAAUUUCAUUUCUUCAUGAUUAAAUUGUAAGAACUAUAAUAGUUGAUGUAGCUUGUGAAUAUUUAGUUUUGUAGAAGGAAACUGUCUGUAUAAUCAUUGAACAAAUGUUGACCGUAGUUGCAUUUCAAUGCGAAGAGAUAAGAUGUUUUAGUUGCUUGCCUA